GUGAGGACGUUAACGAACAGUGUUUAAACAGCAUAAACCCGCAAACAAUUACCCAGAACAGACUCUAAUCCUUUCAAUCUGUGUCUUUGUGUCUCUCUCCCAAACCCAAAAGGACUUAACGUGAAAGUGACUCGAGUGCGAAAUGAUAUUUUAAGAAACAAAAGCGAAUCAAGCCAAAGGCAAAGCCAAAGCCAAAGUGCAAACAAAACGAAACGAAAAGUGUUCAGCAACAUACAUUGCCAACCCCACAACAACAGGAAUUGGGCCCAAGGAGCCGCCAGACUGCACUCCAAUGCAGUCCCCACUGUAGCCCAGAGCGAGGAAUUUCCUUUCUUCACCCAACUGAAGCAAUUAACUGAAAAUGUAGCAGUGGCAAGAACAUGGCCCAACUGGAACAGCAAAUGCCAUGCGAUGCAACUAGCAUAAAUAAACUGAAAGGAUUCCGUGAUUAGGACGUGUUGUACCCUAACGCUCUAAAUGCAGACGAUAUGGGCACAACAUGGCCUCAGCACAGAUACGACAUUUCUAUAACACACCAACAACAAUUUCUUCAACAACAACAACAACAACAACGACACGACAACUCUUACAACAAACACUGCAGCAGCGACAACAGCAACAGCAGCAACAACAGCAGCAGCAGCAGCAGCAGCAGCACACAAACAACUGCAACAGCAAACGGAAGCAAUUUCAAAGCGAAUCCUUUUUAUGCCACACACAAACACAAAGAGAACCGGAGGCAGCAUCGGCAACGGCAACAGAAACAGCAACAUUAUGCCAGCCAACACUCGGGGCAACAUCAGCAGGGAGAGGAGCAGAGGAGGCCGGGGGAGCUGCAACAGAUGAUGCACGAACGUGGAAAAGUCAUAAAGGUGCAACAGCCUGGCAAUGGACCACACCUGAGAUCGCUGCCAGCCACAAUCACGGAAUGCUGUCCACAGCUGGAAGCUGCCAAGGACAGCCAUAUCCUCUGGCAGGCUGCACUGCCACUGCCACUGCACCUGCUGCUGCUGCCGCUCCUGCUGCCAUGCCAUGCCUGGCUCUGGCUGCUGUGGCCGCCUCUACAGGGACCUCUAAGCAGACUGGCCUCAGCAGCAACACGACAAGCCCUCGCCUAUCACGCUUAUCUUCCAAUGCCAGCCAAGACUCUACGAAACCACAACGAAAGCCCCCACAAGAUGGGCCCGGGAACAGCAGCACUGGCACGGCGGACACUCACGCUCCUCCGUCCGCCAGUCCAGUCAGCAUCUUCAUGGAUGUGCAGAAGUUUGCACGCUCUAUAUUUCCGCUUGUUAUCAUCUUCAAUCUGCUGCCCUUGUUCUAUGCAGGGGCAGGCAUUGCUCACUUAGAGCCAUCGUCUGGCGGUGAUGGCGAGCCUUGGAUGCAGCCCGUGGUGGCAUAUUUGGAGGUGUCGUCGCGACCCACGAAAUCGCCAAAGUGUGAUCAGACAUUUGUGUCGCGGAUUGGUGGGCCACAGAAUGGCACCUUCUCGGCCCCGCUGCUGCACAAUCACCGCAAUCAUUCGCGCCAAUGCCUCUACACUUUCCUAGCAGGACCUGGCCAGCGUGUCGAAGUAGUUUUUAAAUCGUUUAGUUUAAGAGGAAGUCCACCAGACGGUUCGGCCGUCGGUGAAUUACCAAGCUGUGUUCAUGAGUACAUGGAUAUUUACUCGGAGGUGCAGUCGUCAGAGCCUGCGGAGCUUAUCAAUUCACCAUUCGGUGGUCGGUAUUGUGGCUCCAUACCGCCGCGUCGUCGCAUUUCCAUGUACCGAGCCGUCGUCAUUUCAUUUUUUAGCAACAAGAACGUGUCCACCGACCUGUUCGAGGGCACGUUUAGGUUUAUAAAUGCAUCGGAAUAUGAAAUUGGCAUACCCAUUGCGGGAUCGCCAUGUUCCUACACGAUAACGCCGAGCAUGAGUGUGAAUAAGACCGGUACGCUCAUAUCGCCAACCUAUCCAGGUGCCUAUCCGAAGGAUAUGUCGUGCACAUAUCAGUUUCUUGGUGAAUCGAAUCAGAGAGUUAGAUUAGAGUUUCGUGAUUUUGAUCUAUUUUUUGGUGGACCACACUGCCCAUUUGACUAUGUGAAAGUGUACGAUGGCCCAGAUAAUUCGUCAGCAUUAAUCGGUACAUAUUGCGGACAGCAAAGAAACUUAGUUUUGUAUUCGAGCGAGUCGAGCCUUUUUGUUCAUUUUUAUACGUUACCGCGCACCGCAAAUACCCAGAAUCGUGGCUUUAAAGGAUUUUAUGAAUUUAGCGAGGGUUUUGUUAAAUUAGAUUUUAUACGUGAAAAUGAUGGCAUUCACAUACGUGGCUCAGAAUGUGAUCAAAAGAUUUUAUCGAAAAAGGAGUCGACCGGCUUUGUGCUCUCCCCCAACUAUCCCUAUCCCUAUAUACCAAAAACUGUGUGUAGAUAUUUCAUCUAUGGCAUGCAGGAUGCACAGCAUCUGGAGCGUGUGCGCCUCGAGUUUACCAGCACUUUCAACAUACCACAAGUUAGCCACAAAGACAAGAGCGAAUCCAACUGCACUGAUGGCUAUCUGAAGAUCUAUCUGAAGGGACAGGAGACUGCCGAUGCCUACGACAAAUUCGACUAUGAACUCUGUGGCAAUGAGACGCAGCGCGUGAUCAGCGAGGGACCGCGCUUGGCCAUGGUCUUCAGCUCCGGUGAGCUGCAGGGUCGUGGCUUCAAGGGCAAGUACACCUUCGAGACGGAGUACAAGAUACCCGGCACCGCGGCCCCGGAUGGCACCUGCAGCUUCACGUACGUGAGCAGCUCGAAGAAGCGCGGAGAGCUGAACAGUCCACGGUAUCCCUCCAACUAUCCCUCGGACACGAACUGCUCGUAUCUGUUCCUGGCCGAGGCCAAUGAGCAGGUGACCAUUGUAUUCGAUCACUUCAAGAUCAAGGCAGACAACAAUGCGAAUGCCACGGCUGGAGCGUAUGGUUCGGGCGCCUGCUUUGAGGAUUGGCUGGAGAUGUAUGUCGUCUAUCGGGACAACAACGAUCGCCUGCUGGGCCGCUACUGUGGCCUGACAGCACCCGGACCCGUCGAGAGCCCCCGCGGCGCUGUGGGGCUGCGCAUUACGCUGCACACGGACCAGGAGAGCGUGGCCAGCGGCUUCAAGGCGCGCUACUUCUUCGAGUCGGCCAAAUCGGAUGCCGGCGACUGCGGCGGCAACUUCAGCAACGAGGACUCUGGCAUCAUCACAUCCCCCAACUGGCCAGCGGGCUACAAGGCUCCUGGCCGUGGCCUGGCCUCCAAUGCCUGCAAUUGGGUGAUGACCGCUCGACCAGGCUACAAGUUAUCCAUUCACUUUGAGCAGUUCGGUCUCGAAGGAGAUCCAGCAAAUCGCGGCUGUCCUGCGGCUGUGCUGAGACUGUGGAUGAAUGUGGACUCUGAUCAACCGCCGAUGGAGUUGUGCGGCGAGAAGCCGCCCAUCGAGUACUGGCACUACACCUCCACGGGCCAGACGGCGCGCAUCAGCUUCACCACCAGCGACAAGACCGUAGGUGCACAGGGCUUUCGCAUUGUGUGGACUGAGAUACAGGACUCGGGUCCGGGUCCGCCAUCUGUGGGCCUGCACUGCGAGUCCACGUACCACUUCCAGUGCGGCGCCGGCUACUGCAUCUCGGACAAGCUGCGGUGCGACGGUGUCAAGAACUGCGGUCCCGGCGACGAUAGUGACGAAUUGCACUGUACCACGGAAGCGGCCGAGGCGGAUCACGACGUUCUAAUUAUAAUAACACUAAUCGUCGUCUUGUCCCUAAUCUGUCUCCUAUGCACACUCUGUCACUCCAGAAGAAACCGUAGGAACCAUGUGCGCCAAUUGGGACUACAUCGGAAUGCGCACUACGACUCACAGACCAGUGCAACGGCGGGUCUCAGCUCCAGUCGGAGGCAUUUGCAGAGUGGCGGGGCUAGCAUAGCGGGAAGUUUGCAUGGCAUCAAUAGCGGUAAUCUGAUCAUACCACCAGCGCCAUUGCCGCCGACGAGUGUGCCACCGCCGCCACACAUAUGCAUUGCCGGUGUGGACAUGGGACACGGCCUGAUGUCCAACGGGGAGGAUGACGACGAUGAUGAUAUGGACUUGGACGAGGACGAUCUGGUUGCGGACAUAUUCAUCAACGAUGUGCAUUUCGAUGAGGACAACAUUGAUCAUGUCAACCAAAUGGCGAACGUUUAACGAUGGUUUAGAGCAUUUUUAGGCAUUUUUAUCGUGACUUUCAGUUUCGGUUUUAAGACGCAUUUAGACUAAGGCUAACUAGGUAAAUGGCGAACAGAAGAGCAACUUUGCAGAGCAAGUGAAGUAGUUUUACAUACAUGUAGUGCAUACACUGGUACACAGAUACACAGAGAAACAUACGUACACACGGACACGUGGACAAGAUAAACGAUAACUGGACAGAACAGAGAACAGAAAACAUAAACAUAAACGGAAACAGAAACAGUAAUUCAAAAGUUAACAAUACCUAAAAGACAAGAAAUUAUGCAAAAAUGCGAAUUGAUUAAGACAUAAAUUUAAUGAACAAGCCAAGCGCGAAGGAGUAGUAGGAAUUAGAGGAUGAUGAAGAGAAACAAACGAUGGACGCUAUAUAAGUACAGUAGGGCGAACAUGUUGUAGUUGCGAUUAACACGAGAUUAGCCAGGCGCGUUUCAAUAGCAGAAAGUAAAACGAAGGAUGCGAAGGCAGGAAGUAACAAACAAAUAAUAGCUACAUUUAAAUAUACUAUAUUAUACAUACACAUAGCGAAAUACGUAUGGCAGGAGAAUGUGAAAGAGCGGAGGAGACGGACAGCAGGAGUGUAAAAAGCGAGAAGCAGAGGAAGUGCCGGAAGUACGAUCAUUUUCAUAGCCACAAGAGACCGCAGACAAGGGGAAACCAAAACAAAAACCAAAAAAUAAAUAAAAAUAAAGUUGUUGAUUUUUAUAUUUGAUACGAGUAAUAUUUAGGUAAAGCAUAAAUUGAAUUAAUUAUACAACAAAUGCGAGACGAUGGAGCGUAGGCGCAAAAUAAAUGAAUACACAUUCUCGCGAACCGAUAGAUAAACCAAUACAGAAUAGAGGCAGCAGCAAAACACACACUAAAGGGCAUAAAACAAUAAUAAUUAACUACCUAAACAUAUGCGCAUGACAUGACUCCUUAUUUACACAUUUUGUACGUACAACAAAGCUUCGACACUUGAAGGCUACACACAAAUCAAACAAACAUACAAAACAAUGAGACAAAGAAACAAAAACCGCAGUGGCGAGAGGCGAGCGAAAAAUGCAUAAAUAAAAAAAGAAUUAGUGACUAUCAAAACUGUAUCUUCCAGCAAAGAAUAAAAGCGCAGAGUUAAAUAAAGCUAGAUCGAGGAGUUUAUAAGCGAAGCAAAUUAAAUAAAAACAUUAAUUAGCGGCCCCAAAAAAAUGGUAAA